CUAUAUCCAUAAUACGGGAUAAGUAACGGGUAUGUUGUUUUGCAGCCAGAAUGCUGAUAUCAGUUUUUAAACUGAACCUUCUUAAGUUUUCGUUUGUACUUAGUUCAGUCAGUUCCUCUUGUAUUAUGACAUUCGUUUCUUCUAUGUCACCAUAUGGAUUAAUUAUCCACGAGGGUAUUACCAUAGUCAAAAUAUCUCAAACCUAGAUUCAAAAUUUGAAUAGAGGGCAAUUAAGUCGUCUUCCUGGCAGCUUGUCUGUGACAAAUUGGGGAACUGAGAAAAUUCGCCCCCGUCCAUAUUUUGCUCUCAUUAGUUUAACUCUGGCAAGAUACGCUGAUAAGAUGAACUUUGUUUUAAUCAAAUUUGAGCUAUCGCCUUGUAAUUGC